AUGAGCCGACGUGCUGUUGCAUGGCUGCGGAACGACUUGCGCCUGCACGACAACGAACUUUUCCACGUGCGAGGACUCCAAGCAGCUUCCGAGCUCUUGGUUGUGUACUGCAUUGACCCACGUCAUUGGGAGCAGAGCCCGUGGGGCGACCACCGGAGAUGUGGACCUUUCAGGAGCCGGCUGAUCGCUGAGUCCCUGGAGGUGCUGGCCGAAUCACUGCACAGCAUCGGCUCGCGUUUGAUUACUGUCGCCGGCCGACCCGAGGAGGUACUGCCGCAGCUUCUGCCACCGGGGUCUAUGCUCGUGUACCAGGCAGAGGACACUCACGAUGAGCAGCAAGUGGAAGAGGCGAUCCACCGGAGACUUCAAGCCAAUGUCGAGGUGUGCCGCCAUUUCGGCCAGACUCUCCGAAACCGGGAGGAUCUGGGCUUCGACAUUUUGGAGUGGUUGCCACUUCCCUUCGGCAGGUUCUACCACGAGACGUGUGCGGCCGUAACUCCGCGCAAGGAGCUGCCUGCCCCAGGCAAGGGGCAGCUGCCACCUUCCAAAGUUGACGCCGGACUCGGACUCGACAUGGUUCAGCCAGUGGCUGGAUGUUUGCUUCAAGCCAUGGGUCUGGGCUCGGAACUUCUCCAAGAGCCCAGCGCCGGGGAAUUUCAGUGGCGUGGUGGAGAGGCCGAAGCCUGGAAGCAAUUGGAAUCCUACUACACAAAGACAGGAUUGGGAAGAUAUCAGCAAACCCGGAAUCAGCUGCACUGCCACUGUAGCAGCCGCCUAUCCCCUUGGAUGGCUGUCGGUUGCCUGUCGCCUCGCUCUGUGUAUUGGCGAGCCGUACAGUUUGAGCGCGAGAACGGCAAGGACAACGACGGGCGCUUCGACCACGUCCAAAAGUUCAUUUUCCAGCUUUGCUGGCGCGACUACUUCCACUUCUACUGCGCCCACUUCGGCCGCCGGGUCUUCUUCCUGUCCGGCCCUGCCCGGCGAGCGCGCUCAUGGAGGAGAGACGCAGCCAUCGAACAGAGCUGGAAGCAAGGAAGGACUGGCGUGCCCCUUGUGGAUGGACUGAUGAGGGAAUUGGCCGCGACUGGGUUUAUGGCAAAUCGCGGACGCUACAUAGUAGCCUCCUACUUGAUACACUACCUCAACAUUGACUGGCGCGUAGGGGCCGAUUGGUUCGAAAGUCUUCUGUUAGACCAUGAUGUUUGCUCCAACUAUGGUGAGUGGGCGUCCAUGGCAAACAUCGCUGUCGAUCUUGGCGACAAGUACCCGUUGGGCUUGAAGGGGCGCGGUCCCACAGGAGGCCGCAGGCCAGGUGCGCGAGGUGGCGGUGGCGAUCCGUGGGCAAGGGGUGUGGAGCUUGGGGACUCCAUAUUCGAUCCGUUCGAGCAGGCUCGUCAGUACGACCGCGACGAAAGCUACGUGAGGCGCUGGGUGCCAGAAUUACGGUCUGUCCCAGUUGGUAGCAUCCACGGCCAGCCCAGAGGUCCUAGUGGCUAUCCAUCCCCUGUGGCGGUCGAGCCAGUCAUCCUGAGCCGCCGAUGCAUACGGCCUGCACCUGGUGCGAAGGAGGUCCAGCCGAAGCAGCAGAGCCUGCCUCGAAAGGCCGAAGAUCCGCCCACAAGGAAGGAACAGUUCGCUGCUGCACCUCCGUCGCACUCGCUGCCUCGCCCAGCACGCCGAUGGCAGGCGAAAGGCACGAGGAGCAUGGCUGCCUGA